AAACAACUCCUCUUGGCUUGGCAGUGAAACCCAGAUCAUCUUCGUCAAUUCGCGCCAGAGAGAGAGAGAGAGAGAGAGAAGAUGGCAAAGAUUGUUGGUGCUUUAAUCAGAGGCGUGAAAUCUGAAAAUCAAACAAAGAAAGGUACUCUUCUUCUCUUUCCUACUGGGAGCUUUCGUUUCAUUCACACUCACCCAACAUCUAGAAACCCUUAUUAUCCUCCUCCUGAAACAACCCGACAAAAUCCCCAAAUAGUGCAGAGAAAACACCGAAAUUCAGGGCCCAAUGAUGUUCAAGACGCUGAGGCGUUGCUCAAUCGGAUGACCCAAAUGCGACCUUUCCCACCCAUUUCCCAAAUCAAUAAAGCCUUGGGUUGCAUUACGAGAAUGGGCAAUUACGUUACGGCUCUUUCUCAUUUGGACAAGUUGCAGUUACUGGGCAUUGAGGUAGAUCUAUACACCGUGAGUAUUGCAAUUAACUGCUACUGCCACCUAAAUCGAGUCGAUUUUGGUUUCUCGCUUUUAGGGGGUCUCUUCAAACGCGGUUGUACACCUAGUGUUGUUACCUUCAGCACUCUCAUAAAUGGACUUAUUAUCGAAGAUAGAACUGCUGAGGCCGCGGAGUUAUUUAAGAAAUUAGUGAGGAGCAGAGAUAUUGAGCCCAACGUGGUUAUGUACGGAACAAUUAUUAAUGGGCUUUGCAAAACGGGCAACACUAUCAUGGCUAUUAGAUUGCUCAGGAUAAUGGAAAAGGCAAGUUGUAAACCUGACACUGUAGUGUAUUCCACAAUCAUUGACAGUCUUUGCAAGGAUGGAAUGGUCGAUGAUGCUUUGAGGCUCCUUUUAGAAAUGAAGGACAGAGGUAUUCUUGCAGACAUUUCUACGUAUAACUCUUUGAUUAAUGGCCUUUGUAAUUUUGGCAAGUGGAUGGAGGCUAAAAGAAUGUUGAGAGAGAUGUUGAAUGCUGGCAUUUAUCCAAAUGUCCAUACAUUUACUAUGUUGGUGGAUGCACAUUCCAAGGAAGGGAAGGCGAAGGAAGCAGAGGAGGUACUUGAAGUGAUGAUUGAAAGAGGUGUAGACCCUGAUGUUGUCACAUACAGUAGUUUAAUGGAUGGAUAUUGUUUGCAAGGCCAAAUGGAUGAAGCAAUGAGACUGUUCAAUAAAAUGGUGGAGAGGGGGGUUCAGCCUAACAUUGUUUCUUAUAAUAUUUUGAUCAACGGAUAUUGCAAGAAGAUGAAAAUGGACGAGGCUACGCAGCUCUUUAGAGAAAUGCCUCAAAGGGGGUUGAAGCCUACUGUUGAAACUUUUAACACUGUGCUACAAGGCUUGUUUCAGGUUGGUAGAUGUGCUUCCGCUCACAGACUUUUUGAUGAAAUGCAAGUUUCAGGCAUAAUUCCAAGUACUCAUACCUUUGGUAUCUUGCUGGAUGGCCUUUGCAAAAAUGGUAAUAUUGCUAUGGCGUUGGCCUUGUUUCACACUAUGGAUAGCAACAGGUUAGAUAUUGAUGUUGUUAAGUACAAUAUCCUCAUUGAUGCAUUAUGCAAGGAUAAAAAGAUGGACCAUGCAAGGGAUCUAUUCAAUAAACUUUCUUCCAAGGGAUUACGUCCUGAUGUCAAGACGUACACUAUGAUGAUACAUGGUUUAUGUAGAGCAGGAAUAUUGGAUGAAGCUAAAGAGUGUUUUGUGCUAAUGGAACAAAAUGGUUGCUUUCCAAAUGGUGGCACUUACAAUGUUAUUAUUCGAGGAUUUCUUGCAAGCCAAAAGUAUUCUGAGGCCUUGGUACUCCUCAAGGAAAUGGUUGCAAAGGGUUUUUCAGCUGAUGCAUCUACAGUUUCCUGUAUUGUGAAUCUAAUGUCUAAAAAAGGACAAUACCUUGCUCUCCAGGAACUGAGAAAGUGGUUUAUGUCACACGAUAGACACGGCGUGCAAGAGAUUGAAUAAGUAAUUAGGCUACGAAGUGAUCUUUUGCAGUUUACUGUAUAGGAUUAUUCAAGGUGCUUCACAAAGUAAAAGAUUGAAGAGAGGCUCUUCUGAGUAAGGUGCAGGGCAUUUGUUGAAGGGCCCAGAUACUAACCAUAGAUUGGAGAGUUGAGUUCUGACCACAGGUUUGGUUCUGCGAACCACAAAGGGGAGAGAUGGACUUUGGAAAUGAGGUAAAUGGCAAACUCAAGUUUCUGAAAACAAGACCUGACGUUUCUGAAAUUACAAAUAGGAUUCUGAUGAAAGAUAUCCCAAUCGAUCAUUUCAACUGCUUCAAUAUUUGGACUGAGUAGGAGAAGUUGGCAUAGGGCUGAGGACCAGAACAUUGAGAGUGUCACACAAGAAGAAGAAACCCUAUGGUCCAUCAAUUUAAAGAUGUGGAGCAGAAGAGGGAGCAUCACCCCUCUUCAGAGAUAAAAGUGGAAAAGGAAUUGGGUGUCGAUAAAUUAGCAGUACCCACGAGUUUUAACGAGCCAAAUCAAGCGUGGAAUGAGAGAGAGAUUUUGGAGAGACUUGAUUCCGAUGCCCAGAAGUUGAACACCCUUCAGAUCACUGUGGAAUAACGGAGAAGGAAAUUGGUAACAGGCAAGAAGAAGAAGAAAAGGUCAAAGAGUGUCAAUUUUGAGACAUUUAAGGAACAGUUGGAAGAAGUUGAGGAAACGAUUCUACAGCUGGCGGAGGUGAAGAGUCAUUGGACGAGGAAAAUCGAAGUGGGUCCAUUACAGAUGGACAGUAAGGCUCUUCUGCCUGAGAUGGAAGAGUGUGUCUGAAAAAAUUGAAGCGGGUCUGAAAAAAUCGGACGUUGCAGUUUGAGGUUCAGAAAAUCCAGCAUGUGCUGUUGAAGUUAGGGAAGUUCUGAUUAUCCAGGAGCGGAACGAGCAUUACACUGAAGAACUUCAUCUACAAUGCAGGAAAGCGUAGCCCAAGAUGGAGAAAGGGUUCUCUUUGCAAGGGUGCAGACAUUCAAGUCAUGGUGAUGGUAACAAUAUUAAUGUGUUUCACUAGAUUAGCUACAUAGAAUCGGUAAAACUCUCUGAAAUGUUCCUUGUACAAAGCUGUUUUAGUUUAUCGCGUCCUAAUUUUUUGACGCAAAUUUUUAGAUAAUUUACAGGCCAUGUUUGGCCAAGCGACACUCAA